AUUAAAACUACCCGCCAUAGCUCACGCACACACUCUCUUUCUCUCUCUCAAGCUUCAAAGUAGGAGUAAUUUCUCAAGCAUAAGAUUUUUUGUUGUUGCAAGUAAAGAUGGGAUCAGCGCCAUGAUCUUGUAAUUGCAGAAUGGAGAACUGUCCAAUUGAGCUAUACCAUCUCAAUCCCAACCUCAUUAGAUCAAUUCAAACAACAUGGUAGGUAGGACAAUUAAGGUUUCUGGUUUCCCCACGAAUGUGUCUGCAGAAACCGUGAAGGAGUUUUUGGAGAGAUACACGGGUGGGGGAACUGUCUAUGCACUUAAGGUUAGACCGCCAGAGAGUAUUGGGCCAAGAUCAAAAGCAUUCGUGAUCGUUCAAUUCACGACGAGCAGUUGCGCAGAAGAUAUAACCUUUAUGGCUAAUCAGCAGCAGCUGCAGUAUGAGGGUUCAUAUCUUAAAGCUCGAGAUGGGGAGCGUGAUAUUGUGCUGAAGCCAAAGGCCAAAAUGUUUAAAUUGGAACAUGUGAUUCUGCAUUUUGGUUCUCAGAUUACAGAUGGAAGUUUUUUAGCUCUUUGGAGGGUCGCUGGUGUUGAAGUGAACUCUGGUUUCGGUCUGAGGAAAUUGGAAUUCUUACUGUCUAGCCACGAAGUCCACUAUAAGCUUGAACUCUUUUAUGAGAGCAUUUGGCAAAUCCAGCUGCGCCGCUCACAUGGACAAGCAUCUAAGUUUCUUGUGAUACAGGUGCAAGCUUCUCCUCGGAUUUACAAGAAGCCUCCAAUCAGUCCACAAGCUAUAUAUGAAGAUCCGAUUUUAAACUACUACAAGGACAUAUCAGAUGAUCAAUGGGUCAGAGCAAUCGAUUUCACUCCCUCUUCUUCAAUCGGCCAAUCUUCUGCAUUGUGUUUGGAGGUUCCAUACAGCUGCAAGCUUCCUGAUAUCCGUGAGAACUUCGUACAUUUUAAAGAAAUUAAAGGUCAAUUCAUCGUGGAGAGUGGUCCUUCUUUCUCUCGUGGUUUGGAUCUUGUCCCCAUCGUCGGGCCUCGCCAAAGGACUCAAAUACCAUAUAAGAUUCUGUUUAAGAUAAACAGUUUAGUUCAGAAUGGGAUCAUCAUGGGCCCCACACUCGAUGAUGAUUUCUUUAGGUUGGUUGAUCCUUGUUUGGUACCUAAUCACUACGUAGAACAUGCCUUGGAGACUCUCUCUCAAUUAAAGGAUUCCAACUUCAAACCUGCAAAUUGGCUUCGUGAACAGUACAGAAAAUACCGCUCAUCUCAGCAUCCUCCAAAAUCCACCACUAUUUCAUUGGAUCCUGGUUUGGUCUAUGUCCAUAGAGUUCAAAUCACUCCCACUAAAGUGUACUUUUGUGGGCCAGAGAUCAAUGUCUCGAACCGCGUAUUACGCCACUAUGCUGAAGAUAUAGAUAAUUUCCUUCGUGUUACUUUUGUCGAUGAGGAGUGGGACAAAAUGCGGUCGGCCGACUUGGUACAACGGGCAGUUCCGGAAAAUGGUGAAAAACAUACUGAUAUUUAUAAAAGGAUACUCACCACUUUGAGAAAUGGAAUAGUUAUUGGCAGUAAGAAGUUUGAAUUUCUUGCAUUCUCCUCAAGUCAAUUGCGGGAGAAUUCUGCAUGGAUGUUCGCAGCAAGAAGAGGACUCAAUGCAGCUGGAAUAAGGAGGUGGAUGGGUGACUUUAGUCAGAUAAGGAACGUGGCGAAAUAUGCGGCCCGACUGGGUCAAUCGUUUGGGUCGUCCAAAGAAACUUCGAGUGUUGAUAGGUUUGACAUUGAACGUAUUCCUGAUAUAGAGAUCAGAAACAAGAAAUAUAAUUUCUCAGACGGAAUUGGAAAAAUUUCAGCCGAUUUAGCUAAAAGAGUGGCAAUUAAGUGCGAUAUCAGAGGUUUAACGCCGUCUGCUUAUCAAAUUAGAUAUGGUGGAUACAAAGGUGUUGUAGCUGUGGACCCCAUGUCUCAAUUUAAGUUGUCCUUGAGAAAAAGCAUGCACAAGUAUAAAUCGGACAACACAAAACUGGAUGUUUUGGGGUGGAGUAAAUAUCAACCUUGUUACCUCAAUCGGCAGUUGAUUACUCUUUUGUCGACGCUCGGAGUUAGAGAUUGUGUGUUUGAAACGAAGCAAAAAGAAUCUGUAGAUCAACUGGACAUGAUUUUAACGGAUCCAACGAGAGCACAGGAGGUGCUUGAAGUCAUGUCACCGGGAGAAAACAAUCGGGUCCUUAGAGAGAUGCUGAUGUGUGGUUAUAAGCCAGAUGCUGAGCCAUUCCUCUCAAUGAUGCUCCAAACUUUUCGGGCAUCAAAGCUAUCAGAACUGAGGACUAAGUCACGGAUUUUUGUUCCAGAAGGAAGAUCAAUGAUGGGAUGCCUAGAUGAAACUAGGACUCUUGAAUAUGGGCAGGUGUUUGUGCAAAUAUCUGGUGUUGGGCGUAAGCAGUUUUUUGAUAAGGAUUCAUUUAAAUUUGGGGGAAAUGAGUCAGAUCAGCAGCCUAUUGUGAUCGAGGGCAGAGUAUUCGUUGCCAAAAACCCAUGUCUCCACCCAGGUGACAUUCGUGUGUUGCAGGCCAUCAACGUCCCAGCCUUACACCAUAUGGUUGAUUGCGUUGUUUUUCCACAGAAAGGAAAAAGACCGCACCCAAACGAAUGCUCGGGGAGUGAUUUGGAUGGAGAUGUGUACUUUGUGAGCUGGGACCCUGAACUUAUUCCGCCUUGUCAAAUCCCGCCCAUGGAAUAUGAUGCUGAACCGCCUGUUGUACUAGAUCAUGAUGUUGAAAUUGAGGAAGUAGAAGAAUACUUCACCAAUUACAUGGUCAACGACAGCUUAGGUGUCAUCGCAAAUGCCCACACCGUCUUUGCCGACAAGGAGCCGUUAAUGGCCAACAGCGAGGCCUGCAUAGAGCUUGCAAAGCUCUUCUCGAUCGCUGUUGAUUUCCCCAAGACCGGUGUCCCGGCCGAAAUCCCGCCAAAUCUCCUUGUCAAGGAAUACCCUGACUUCAUGGAAAAGCCCGAGAAGCCUACCUAUGAAUCAACCCGAGUGAUUGGGAAGCUCUUCAGAGCAAUAAAGGGCAUUUCCCCAGAAACCAACCACAUCAGAUCCUUCACAAGGGAGAUAGCCCGACAGUCAUAUGAUACUGACAUGGAAGUCGAUGGUUUCAAGCACUACAUUGACGACGCGUGCUGGUACAAGGACCAGUAUGACUUCAAGCUCGGUAUGCUGAUGGAGCAUUAUGGGAUUCAGACAGAGGCAGAGAUCAUCAGUGGCAGUAUCAUGAAGCUGGAGAAAUCCUUCAUGAAGAACAGGGAUGCCGCCGAGGCAAUCAGCCUAGCUGUGCGGUCCUUGAAGAAGGAAGUGAGGGGGUGGUUCGAUGAAAAGGACAGCGAGGUGGGCCCACCCACAGAUGGUGAGGCAUUAGCAAAGGCAUCUGCAUGGUACCAUGUAACGUAUCAUCCUCGCUACUUUGGAACUUACAAUGAAGGCCUGAACCGAGCUCACUUCAUCAGUUUCCCAUGGUGUGUCUAUGACAAGCUGAUUCAAAUCAAGAAGAGGGUGCGGAUGAGAAGGACGGCCGGGCCGUCGUCGCUGCAGCAUAGUUUCAGGCGGAAUCUGAGGGUGGGUUGAGAAUCUGAAUCCGUUCUCUUUUUAAUGUUUUGAAUUUCAGUUAUAUGAGUGUUGGCUUAGUUAAUUAAAAUGCUACCUACAGACUGCAUGUUGUGCUUGUGACAUAAACCAUUCAUAUGGUGGGUUGCAUGGUGAGCCUGUGUUGAAUGUGGACAAUUGGCUUUAAAGUCUGUUUUCAUCAGAUGGCUAGGAUCAUUUGAUGGGGGGAGAUUUUUGGUACUGUUCCAUCCCAUAUUACAUUAGCUCUGUAAAUAUAUGUGUGGUUGUGUUUGCUUGAUGUAUGCUUUGAUAGACUGACAGUGGCUUUAUUUAGCUGCUUUGUUUCUUGAUGUUUAUAUUAAUGUGUAUAAAUAAUGCAAACUGAUUUCUGUGUA